UAGCUCCAUCUGCUGUUACAUAAUGAAAAGCUUAAAAAUUCCCACUGAGAGUCAUCAUUAUUGAAGGUGACAUUUUCAUCUGUUAAUUUAAUUUAUCCUUAGUCCUCAUCUCUUAUUGUGUUUUUGUUUUAAUUUUAUUAAAUUUUACUUAAAAAUGUUGAAAGCUAAAGUCGCUGUUCUUGGUGCUAGCGGUGGAAUAGGCCAACCUUUAUCUCUACUCUUGAAAAGAAGUAAAUUAAUUAGCCACCUUAGUUUAUAUGAUGUAGCCAAUACUCCUGGUGUAGCUGCUGAUCUUAGCCAUAUCAACUCUAGAGCCAAAGUUACUGGACAUUUGGGACCAGAACAACUUGGAGAGGCUCUUCAAGGAUCUGAUGUAGUAUUGAUUCCUGCUGGUGUUCCCAGAAAACCCGGUAUGACCCGUGAUGAUCUUUUCAAUACCAAUGCAUCAAUUGUACGGGACUUGGUAGCUGCUUGUGCUCAAAAUUGCCCCAAGGCUUUAAUUGGGGUGAUUUCCAAUCCAGUCAACUCUACCAUACCUAUUGCUGCUGAAGUUUUGAAAAAAGCGGGUACCUACGAUCCAGCUCGUUUGUUUGGAGUUACAACCUUAGACGUGGUCAGAGCCAAUACUUUUGUAGCCGAGGCUAAAGGACUCGAUCCAGUUACAACAAAUGUACCGGUUAUUGGAGGUCAUGCUGGUAUCACCAUUAUUCCACUUUUAUCUCGAGUGACUCCUUCAGUUAGUUUUGACAAGGACCACAUUGAUGCACUGACUAAACGAAUCCAAGACGCCGGAACUGAGGUAGUCAAAGCUAAAGCUGGAGCUGGAUCUGCAACUUUAUCAAUGGCUUUCGCUGCUGCCCGUUUCGCCUUCUCUCUUUUGGAUGGCUUAGCUGGAAAACCUGAUGUUGUCGAAUGUGCUUACGUACAAUCCGACCUUACUGAUGCAUCUUAUUUCGCCACACCAGUUCAUCUAGGCAAAAACGGUUUGGUCAAAAAUCUGGGUCUAGGUCAAUUGUCUGCUUAUGAAGAAGAUCUUGUUAAAGCUGCCAUCCCUGAACUCAAAGCUAGCAUAAAAAAGGGCCAAGAAUUUGUUACUAAGUAAAUUGAACGUAUUUGAAAAAUAAAUUAAGCAAUGGAUUUAAACUGAA